AUGAUUGGCUCCUUCUGGAAUCUCUGUCGUGCUUGCCCUUCGAUGCCUGUCGAUAAGCUUCACUCCGAAUAUAGGAGCACGUAUCGAUGGCAUGAGUAUACGGGGCCCAGACAUGAGGUCGUCAGAAAACCACCGCAAACCGAUAAACCUAACGAAGUUAGUGUCUUAAGAUAUAACGAUGAAGAAUUUCACGCGGACUCAGAGUCUAAACGAGAACCAGCGAUGCCUCGACGAAAAAAGUAUCCUGACUUAGCCUACCGGCAUCAUGAAUUCAUUGGAAGUGGAACUAAUGAUUUUAAUAUCGGUGAUAGAGCUAGAUCGGAAGAACGGAACGGGGGCGAGUGGAGACCCUCGAGGCGUAGCAAGUCGGAAGGGCCUCUGCGAAAUGGCAUUCAAGACAACGCUACCGCCUCAGGUGGCAAUAGGAACCGGGAACGCCGCAGAGAAUCCGAUCCCGAUAAGGAAAACACGAUUACGGGAAAAGACGGGAGUCUUUUAAGAAACGCUAUUUCAAAAUUAAGUACUGAAUAUAGACUGCAAUUUGCUUGGCCUCAGGGACACCAAUCGAGACGAGAAGCUGCCGGUUCCACUCCGAGGAAGAGCCAUUCAAUGGGAGCUUUAAAAGCAAGAUCUCAAGCCAACGCCAUGGUACAUAAAAACCGAGUCAUACUCGAGAAUAAAGAUGCUAGCGAAAUGGAGCCUUUGGUGGACGAAAGGACUCAAUGCAGAGAAGAUUUUAACACCGAGUACAAGAAGGAAUUUAGGCCAUUUUCGCAUUACGACCAUUCGUCUAAGGAAGCAGGUGUCAUUGACAGCGUUCAGAAGCAAAAGUCGCUUAACAAUAAAUAUUGGUAUAAAGAAGUUGUCGAGUUGCGCAAGAAGGCCGGGGAAUAUAAAAGUCGCGGAUGGGGAAGUGAAAUCGCACCGGAACGCCCUACUGAUAUUUACAAUAAGCAAAUAGAAUUGUGGGAUCAAGUGUCGAGAAGAAGUUCUCUAGCAGCACUGUCCUUAGCUUCUAUGAGUCAUAAGAACUACACCAAAGAAGAAAAAGAAGAUGACAAUAACAGAAAGAGUUCGCCUACAAAAGCUUAUAGGAAUGCCGAGAAUUCUGCGCGAAUGAUAAGGGACAUUAUACGACAUCAUUUAGAGCGAACAACUGGUGGUUCAGAAUUCGACGGUCUUAUCUUAUCACCUACAAGGGAAAAAUUAGAACCUACAAUACCAAGAAAGGACGACGACUCGAGAGGCUCUCAAAAAAACAGCCCGAAGAAGAGUUCUCCUCUAAAAUCUACUAAGAGACCAAAUCAAAAAACUAAACAAGGUGGGCCUACAGCACUUCGGUCGCAGUCCGUUGGGCCGACAACAGACAGUAGCACUGAAAAGAAAUCGCCCAAACGCCAAUCUAGAUCGACUACGGCGAAGAACGAGAGAAAACCUUCAGCCGAAACGCCUUCGACUAAAAGACCAAGACCCUCCUCCCUCAACACCAAUGUCUCAUCCCGAUCUAAACCCAGUUCGGUAGUAACAAAAGUUGAAGAUGAUAGAUUGGCCAAACCGUUGCAAAACCAAAAAACUCUAGAUACAUCUAAGCAAAAUCAAAAACCGAGUAGUGAUAGAAAAGGAGAUGUUACAGCCGAAGCUGCGAAAGGUUCCGCGGAAAAUAAGGAAGCUCCAAUGCAAGAUGAAUACGACAGCCUUAAUUACGAGCCUGUAAUUAAAUCGCCUCCAGAACCAACUAGGGUAAAGUCUCCAGAACAGAUAAUUAUGCGUUCCCCUGAUCCAGUUAAUUGGACAGUGCCUUUGGAUACCGGAAAAACAUUUACUGUUACACAAAACGUUCGAGAAGGAGACAUUGGAAGUAGACCUCACAGUGAAGUGAAGGUCUGGACGCCGCCAGAUGUACCGCCUCCUGUGGCCCAGUCAGCCCCGCCAACACUUUUACCUAAGGAGACGGGAGGCCUGUCUUAA